AUGCUCCAGAAUCAGUCUGGCGCCGAUCGAUUCACCCUCGCACAUGCAGCACAUCCCAGCGGCCUACCGUAUAGCUUCCAGCGGCCUUGGCAUGGGGAGACGGUGUUUCGUCAAACAGGGCCCCUUGCUGCUUCAGGUUGCGCCUCCGUCGUGCCCAUUCAUGUAGCCCCACCGUACCAUUGGCCAGACUCUCGACGCCUCGCUCAGGGGCAGACUGCAACGGUGAAAGCUGCCAGUCGGCCCCUGCAUGAGCCGCCAACAUGCGCGUUGUCGACCCAUGGCCCUGCGGAAGCGCAUGUCCCCAUGGGCGGAAAUGGCAUGUGGAUUGGGAUUUUUCAGUGGGCUAAGGCGGGAACUGAGGCUUUUCAUCAUCAUCAUUAUCCUGCGUGUGCUUUUGAGUUUACGAUUACAACUGCUGGGCAGUUGCUCGCUUCGAAUCCCAUACGAAUAACCGACAAGAUGGCGGCUUCUACUAUUUCCACCAGCAGGACUCUCAAGCCAGAUGCAAUCGACAUUCCUCCCUCCUCCAGCGGGAGCAACAAAGCAAGGAGCCCACAGGAUGAACCAAUGUCGCCUCGUUCAUGGCGGCAUCGCGAGAAUACCUACCAGCCUCCAUCACGGAUACAGACUACGGGCAGUCUCGAUGCGGAAGACUACUUUGUUGGACCUCGCGACAUGUCCAAGCAUUCAAAAUGGCCAUAUUUCAUGCGGAUGCACGGAUCCGUCUUCCCCAAGAUGAUCAUCCCUCUCACUGUCGUCACCGUCUGGUCCACCGCCAUUACCGUGGUCUCGGAACUAGUGCACCCACUUUCCGUCAGCACGUUGCUCCUUACCGUUCUCGGUUUCGUCGUCGGUUUAGCGAUUUCCUUCCGAACCAGCACCGCAUACGAGCGCUACACCGAAGGCCGAAAGUACUGGAGUCAAUUGAUCUUCGUCAGCCAAAAUCUCGCUCGCACAAUCUGGAUCCACACGGCCGAACGCGAGGGCGAGCUAGGCAAAGAGGAUCUCCUCAAGAAAUUGUCCGCAUUGAACCUGCUCAACGCGUUUGCGUGCUCGGUCAAGCACAGACUUCGCUUUGAGCCUGGCAUCGACUAUCCCGAUCUCCGUCAGCGCGUCGAGUUUCUUGAUACGUUUGCCAAGGCUGCCGAAGUCCACAUCCCCAAGGAGUCGGAUAAGAAGAAAAUCAAGGCCAUUGGCGAGUACCUCGGAGUCACGUUUGCAGAGUCGAACCCGCGCAAGAGGAUCAAGCGUUCCAAAAAACCUCUUGGUAAUCUUUCUCUCGAGAUUUUGAACCACUUGUCAUCAUACGUCCACAGCAUCAUCAACAAUGACACGCUCUCCAUCGGCCUAUAUCAGAAUCAAGCCAUCACUGCAGUCGUUGCCCUCAAUGAAGCCCUAACCGGCAUGGACCGCGUCCUCCAAACCCCCCUCCCAAUCGCCUACUCCAUCGCCAUCUCGCAAAUCACCUGGGUCUACGUCAUGGCCCUCCCCUUCCAGCUCGUCGACAGUCUUCACUGGGUCACCAUCCCCGGCUGUGUCUUCGCCGCCUACAUCAUCAUCGGUCUCGCUGCCAUUGGCCGUGAAAUCGAAAACCCCUUUGGCCACGACGUCAACGACCUCCCGCUCGAAGCCUACUGCGAAGAGCUCGAAAUGGACAUUGACACCAUCACCUCGAUGUACGCACCCUCGACGCAGGAGUUUAUGGGACGAGAGGGCAAUAUGCCGAUUUGGCCGCUCAGUCACAAGAGCUUUGGCGAGUGGACACUCAGGAGCAAGCAGGAUAUUCGCGAUGCGUUGAUGACAAAGACAAAGGCGGAUAUGGCGGUGAGGAAGAGCUUUGCGGUGCCUAAGGAUAGUCAGGAGGACUAA